AUGCGUGGCAACCCACAAAAGCAGGAGCACCGUGACGAGGCUAGGUCGAACGAUGUGUAUGCUAAGAGCAAGGUGCCGAGGCUGCCGUCGCACCCGAGACGUCAGAAAUCCUUCUUUGAGACGCUGAUCAGGAGCCUGAUCAUCCUGUGCGUGGCCAUCGCGGUGGUCUUGUCGUCCAUCUCGGUGUGCGACGGCCGCUGGCUGCUGGCGAGGGGCCAGCUCCUGGGGCUCUGGCACUUGUGCACCCUGAGCAACAGCAGCGUCCUCAAGUGCGUCACGGACCUCAGCCUGUCCCAGGUGGAAGGGCUGAGCGUGGGGGUCAUUCCCAUCAGGACCAUGGUGUCCUUUGCCGUGGUGGUUGCCAUCUUCGGCCUGGAGCUGCUGAUGGUGUCCCAGGUGUGCGAAGACGCCAACGCCAGGCGGAAGUGGUCGAUGGGCUCGGUGCUCAUCCUCGUCUCGUUCCUGCUGUCGGCCACCGGUGUCCUGAGCUUCUCCAUCCUCGUGAAGGAUCACCUCACCUUCAUGGGCUUCACGCUGACCUACUGGUGCGAGUUCAUUGCUGCCUUUCUCUUCUUCCUCAAUGGGAUCAGCGGACUCCACAUCAACAGCCUCACGCACCCCAGGAGCGGGGUAGGCAAAGUCUAG